CUAGGGAGUUAGAUUGAAGUCACCUACACUCAAGAUCUACAGCGAACCAACUACAAAAAACUAUUAUUGAUACUCAAGAAUCGACGGAUUUGUACGAUUUUUUUUCCGUUUGUAGUCAAAGGUAAAUUUUGGUUUAUUAUCAGAAACCGAAUCGUUGCGAGUUUCCUGUUUAACGACAGCUGCGGAACAAAGAAGUAAACGGCUGGAAAUAAUAUUUAUAUUUCUUAAAGUCGGCUUUGGAAACUAUCUUCUUUUAGAGAACAGGAUAAACACUUAACAACUUUAACUCUAGAGUCUAAAUACCCAGUUUUUAUGUAUUUAGAUUUGUCGUUUUCCUCUCGUCGCACUACUAUGGUCAUAAUGGAAGUCCCCAGUAUCGACUGCGCCACCUUCCGAAAUCUGUUGGAGGGGGACGGAGCGGGCUGCCUGGUCUUGGACUGUCGUUCAUUCUUUUCUUUCAACUCCUCUCACAUCCCCGGCUCAACGAACGUGCGUUUUAGCACCAUAGUGCGUCGGAGAGCAAGAGGAGGCUUGGGACUGGAACAUAUUGUUCCCAACGAGCAAACGAGGAACCGUCUCUUAUCUGGGGAGUACCAGGCGGUGGUGUUUCUCGACGAUCGGAGCUUGGACUUUGACCAUGUGAAAAAGGAUGGGACUUUAAUGCUCGCCGUGACUGCAUUGUGUCGCGACCCGUGUGGCGCCAGUAUAUUUUUGCUCAAAGGUGGAUUCGAGACGUUUUCCUCCGAGUUCCCUGAGAUGUGCACCAAACCAGCUCCUCCUCAAGGCUUGUGUUUGCCGUUGAGCGCCAACAGCCAGCCCGACAGCGCCGAGUCCGGCUGCAGUUCAUGCAAUACUCCCUUGUAUGACCAGGGUGGCCCGGUGGAGAUCUUGCCAUUCUUGUACCUGGGCAGUGCCUACCACGCAUCAAGAAAGGACAUGCUGGACACACUGGGGAUCACAGCCCUGAUCAACGUCUCAGCCAACUGCCCCAACCACUUCGAGGGCCACUACCAGUACAAGAGCAUUCCGGUGGAGGACAACCACAAAGCUGACAUUAGCUCCUGGUUCAACGAAGCCAUCGAAUUUAUCGACUCGGUGAGGAACAAAGGCGGGCGUGUGUUUGUGCACUGCCAGGCCGGCAUCUCCCGCUCGGCCACCAUCUGCCUGGCGUACCUGAUGCGGACCAACCGGGUGCGCCUGGACGAGGCCUUCGAGUUCGUCAAGCAGCGGCGCAGCAUCAUCUCGCCCAACUUCAGCUUCAUGGGCCAGCUGCUGCAGUUCGAGUCCCAGGUGCUGGCCUCCUCCACCUGCUCGGCCGAGGCCGGGAGCCCCGCCAUGGGCAAGGGCGGCACCGUCUUCAACUUCCCCGUCUCCAUCCCGGUGCACUCGGCGGCCAGCCCCCUUUCCUUCCUGCACAGCCCCAUCACCACCUCGCCCAGCUGCUGAGCCCUCGAGAGGGACACUGGAAAGAACUGACACUGUCCUGACCCACUUUACCCUAGGUGUAGUGGGACGGGACGGGACGGGGAGGGUGGGGGUGGGGAGGGGGCAGAGCUGGUCUUGGCUUCAUUGGCUAAAGAGAGGGGGUGACUAGAGACGGCUCGAGCCUCCACACCCAGAGGUCCUUCGCUUCAAAAGCGGGACGUCAGGGCGAAGGCCAUGUUCCAAGUCCGUGCUCGGCCUGCUGUGUCGCGAAGCACUACUCCCACCUUAAUACUGUGACAGCUGACAUUCCUACACAUGCCCAUGUGCAAUAAUCUCGGACAGCAGUAUUGUGACAGCCCGUACUGUUGAAGGAAGUGUUCUGGGUCAGGUUGAAGGGCCAUCCCCACCAGAAGUUACGCCCACAAGUAAAAGCCAGUGAAUGUGCCACACGCAACAAAUGCAGGGGUUUGGGGGGGCACGCUCUUCGGUUAAAGAAUGCGUGGUGCAGUGGAGGCAGGUCACUAGUGGCCUCUGGCUUUGAAGUGUCUUUGGGAACUUGCACCAGCGGUGCCGGGGUGGCGUGACCUUGAGCAGGUUGUCUAAGCUAGCGCAAGGGGAAAAUCCCUUGGCCUCAUUUGAAGACAUAAGUAUUUAUUGCUGUUUUCUCAGGUGUGUUUGUAUACAUAUAAAUAUUGUACUUUGUUGCUGUCAAAGUGGUCCUACUAUAUUUUACAAUGGCCAUGGUAUUAUUCAGACAGGACUGCUAUUGCUCUCUGCAAGUGGGUAGACGCAGGGUUGACCCAACUGCUUCUGGCCCCAUGUUUGAUUUAGUAAAUGGUGAAUGUAUUAUCUUCAUUACCGGCAGAAGACUGCUGGCACAAUCAAUAGAGUGGCCCUUUGUUUUUUUU